CGCUCCACCCACCCGCGAGUACUUCCGGUCUCCAGCGCUGGAAGCCGCGGCCGGGAGGUGUGGGAAGGCAGCCAUGGGUGCCAGGUGGAGCUGAAACCAGUGGGGCAUGGCUGCAGCCUUGCAGUUUCUGCCCAGCUUGGCCCGAGCCCCAUUGCGCCCAUUCCUCUGGAGGGGCCCAGGGGCACGGCUGGCCAGUGGCAUGGCCCUGGCAGAACAAGCUCGGCAGCUGUUUGAGAGCACUGUGGGUGCCGUGCAGCCGGGCCCCAUGAUGCACCGGGCACUGUCCUUCGACCCCAGCAAUGGGCAGCUGAAGGUGCGGGACCGGAGCUUUCAGCUGCGGCAAAACCUCUACCUUGUGGGCUUCGGCAAGGCUGUGCUGGGCAUGGCAGCUGCAGCUGAGGAGCUACUGGGUCAGCAUCUCGUGCAGGGCGUGAUCAGCGUUCCCAAGGGGAUCCGCGCUGCCAUGGAGUGCACUGGCAAGCAGGAGAUGCUGCUGAAGCCACACAGCCGUGUCCAGGUAUUUGAGGGCGCAGAAGACAACCUGCCGGACCAUGAUGCGUUGCGGGCUGCGCUGGCCAUCCGGCAGCUGGCUGAAGGUCUCACAGCCGAUGACCUGCUGCUUGUGCUCAUCUCAGGCGGGGGCUCAGCCCUGCUGCCUGCCCCCAUCCCACCCGUCACACUGGAGGAGAAGCAGACACUCACCAAACUGCUGGCGGCUCGAGGAGCAACCAUCCAGGAGCUGAACACCAUCCGAAAGGCCCUGUCCCAGCUCAAGGGUGGGGGGCUGGCUCAGGCCGCCUACCCUGCCCAGGUGGUAAGCCUCAUUCUAUCAGACGUGGUGGGGGACCCUGUGGAAGUGAUCGCCAGUGGCCCCACGGUGGCCAGCAUCCACAACGUGCAAGAUUGCCUGCACAUCCUUAAUCGCUAUGGCCUUCGUGCUGCCCUGCCACGUUCUGUGAAGACUGUGCUGGCUCGGGCUGACUCAGACCCCCGUGGGCCACAUACCUGUGGUCAUGUUCUCAAUGUGAUCAUUGGCUCCAAUGCACUGGCACUGGCUGAGGCCCAGCGGCAGGCUGAGGCGCUGGGAUACCGGGCCGUGGUGCUGAGCGCAGCCAUGCAGGGCGAUGUGAAAACUGUGGCCCACUUCUACGAGCUGCUGGCCCGAGUGGCUGCAGCCCGCCUCACCCUGCCUGGGGCUGGAGCCUCUGUGGAGGAGGAUGAACAACUCCAUGAGCUGGCGGCCAAGCUCCAGCUCCCAGACCUGCAGCUAAAGGAGGCUUUGGAGGCCGUCGAGGGGGCUAAGGGCCCCGUCUGCCUGCUGGCUGGUGGCGAGCCCACAGUGCAGCUACAGGGCUCCGGCAAAGGUGGCCGGAACCAGGAACUAGCCUUGCGUGUUGGAGCAGAGCUGGGACAACGGCCACUGGGACCUAUUGACGUGUUGUUUCUGAGCGGUGGCACUGAUGGGAAGGAUGGGCCCACAGACGCAGCUGGAGCCUGGGUCAUGCCUGAGCUUGCUAGCCAGGCUACUGCGGAGGGCCUAGAUGUGGCCACCUUCCUAGCUCACAAUGACUCGCAUACCUUCUUCCGCCGCUUCCAGGGCGGGGCCCAUCUGCUCUACACAGGCAUGACGGGCACCAAUGUCAUGGAUGCCCACCUCCUGUUCCUGCGGCCGUGGUGAUGGCAUAGGUCAUGUUUUGGGAGCCCAGAGCAGGCCUACAGGGCAGGGUCCUAGGGCAGACCAGGGUUGGUACCCCGGGGCUUACUAGGCCUUAGCACCCCUCCUCUCCUUGGCCCUGGCUGCAUGGUUGGCCCUCAGUGCCCCUCCCAACCCCCCCACUCAGGGCCUCUGCUCCGUGUAUGUCCAUUCCCCUAACCAGACAGGCAGAUGAGGACUCUCUUCCACCCCUGCUUUCAGCCAUGGCAGCAGGUACCCUGAUGACCAGGAGAAGUCCCUUGGCCAGUUCACUGUCCCCGGUAUUCCCCAGGUAGCCCCUCUGCUGAGCUCCUGAGCCUGUUUUUUCUGUAGAGUGAAUCAAGAAGGGCUGAAAAUAAAAAGGAUCAUGCUG